UUUUGAUUGAAACACUUCAUUUAACGAGGAAGUGUUGGUCGUUUGCGGCUGUGAGUGUGCUGUCGAAGUUUACUGCAUUUAAAUGUUAGAUAAUAUCUCUGGUGUUAUCUUAACCAACAUUUUUGACAAGCAUAAUGAGGUCCAUAAUUAGGUCUUUUCAGACACCUCAUCAUUUAUUGUGAUAAUGUUAUAACGUUAUGAUAAGUUAAGACCAUAGUAGCCUAUUUCCAUGUAAGAAGAAGAGACGGAAAUUACAGCACUCAGAAGAAAAAUGAAAACGUGUUUAAUGUAAGAAACUCAAAUAAACGGUCUGACAACGUAUUAAGGUAGUUUCUGCAACUUCAUCAUGUCAAUCAACCACUUACCUGGGAUGGAGACCUCGGCCGUCUCUGUUCUGAAGAGGGCCGUGGAGUUGGACCAGACUUCACGCUUUCAGGAGUCUCUGGUGUGCUACCAGGAAGGGAUUCAACUGCUCAUGGAUGUCCUUAAAGCUGUGAAGGAUGAUUCCAAGAAAGUGCAUUACAGGGAGAAAAUCAAGAAGUAUAUGGAUAGAGCUGAACAGAUUAAAGAACAUCUUAAUAAAGCGAAAGAGGAGGGAAAAUAUCAUGAACAGAUCAAGAUAUCAGACAGUGACACAGGAUUUAGCUAUGAAGUCCUCUUCAAGCCAUACAUCAAUGAGGGCCUGACAGAAGUUUGGGUGGAGGACCCUUAUAUACGCCAUAUUCAUCAGCUCUACAACUUCCUGCGUUUCUGUGAAAUGCUGUUGAAGGCCCCAUGCAAAGUCAAGAAAAUCCACCUUCUGACCUCCCAAGAUGAUGGAGACAGCUCUGCUCAGCAGGUCAAUGCCCUCAGUGAAAUCAAGGAGUCUCUUCAGAGCCAAAGGGUAGCCCUAGACAUCCAGUACUCCUCCACCAUCCAUGACCGGGAGAUCAGAUUUGACAAUGGCUGGAUCAUUAAGAUUGGUCGAGGACUUGACUAUUUUAAAAAGCCUAAGGGUCGAUUCUCUGUUGGAUAUUGUGAUUAUGACUUGAGAGAGUGUCACGAGACCUCUGUGGAUAUUUUUCACACAAGGCACACAAAGACAAGUUAGAGCUGGAUAACUACGUUGUGCUCUCUUACUUUUCUCAUUUUUUAAAGACUAAGUGCCUUCUCAUAACAACGCUAAUGUAACGGCAUGUUACGUUUUGGCUGAGCUGCAGUGCUCACAAAAACAACUGACAACAAAUUACAAGUGAUGCCAAAUGUUUUUUGCUGCUCAUAUCAAGGACCACAUGGGCCAUGGUGGACCAAUGUGCACCACAUAAUGUCUUAAUGUAUUGACCAUAUAUGCAAUAUCUUAAUGGUUGCAACAUUUUAUCGUUUUAAAUGUUUUUGAUAUAUGUUGAUGGUGGAGGUAGGUAAGGUACUAAGGUUUCUUUUAUUCAACUCUUUCAUGUGGCCCUUUUCUUUGUCGGGGAAUAGCACCAUCUGCUGGUCAGACACGAAAGAGACUGAUCAUAUUGUAUGUGUUGUGGUCCUGUCAAAGUAAGAGUUUUUGACAUCUGUCUGUUGAUAUGGACGACAAGAGAAAAAUAUCUCCUUUAUGUAAAGAUCGUCCUACGAAGUCUUGUGCUAAACCUGACUUAGUUAACUUAAUUGUGACCAGACCACUUUGUUUCGAAUCCCGUGGUUAUGGGGUUAAUUCUUUGCCCGCUCUGCGUGUCUUGACGUGGUAGAUCACUGUGAUGUUGCUCUCCCAACACCUGCCGAGCAACC